UUUGCCGGUGCCAUGGAGGAGUACACACGGGAGCCGUGUCCAUGGAGGAUUGUAGAUGACUGUGGUGGGGCAUUCACUAUGGGAAUGAUUGGAGGUGGCAUAUUUCAGGCUAUCAAGGGGUUCAGGAACUCUCCACAGGGUUUAAAGCAUCGCUUUAAGGGUAGUCUUAUUUCAAUCCGAACACGAGCUCCACAGCUAGGAGGGAGCUUUGCAGUGUGGGGUGGGUUGUUUUCCAUGAUAGACUGCAGCAUGGUAAAGAUACGUGGGAAGGAGGACCCAUGGAAUUCCAUUACUAGCGGGGCUUUAACAGGAGCUAUCCUGGCUGCCAGAAAUGGUGCAGUUGCUAUGGUGGGAUCUGCUGCAAUGGGAGGAAUACUUUUGGCCUUGAUAGAAGGCGCUGGUAUUUGUAUAACUCGAUUUGCCUCUUCACAAUUCACAAAUGUUGCACCAAUCCCAGAGGAUGGAUCCCAGAUGCCCCCAGGCUCCCCAUUCAGUGGUUAUCAACAGUACCAGUAAGACGUUGUUAGUUCUUCACAAGUAUUUUAAAUGCUACUUCAUCACCUGCCUGGAAUUUCCUGGACUUCCUGUACAUUUCUGGACCUUGGUAUCCAGACCGUACCGUGUACUUAUCUUUUGGAUAUGACUGUUGCUGUUCAUGCAUGGACAAUAAGCUGGUACACAUCUUUUAAGGGCGCCGUAUUUUGUUUGUACAACAAAUGAAAUGGAUUUAAUCUGUACGUAAACCAGUUGAAUUAUAUAUAUAUAUAUAUAUAUAUUGAAAAUU